AGGCGGCCAAUGUUACUAUCAACUCUGGCGGGGUUGGGCAGCGCGGGAGGGUGGCUGAAUGAUCACUCACAGCCAAUUAAGCAUCGAUCCCCGACCAGCCCUCAUGGAAUAACUCUGAUUAACGAGACUCAGAGAUGUAACACGGAGUUUUUAUCAACAUUGACACAUCGCUAAAUAAGGUCGUCUUAUAAUAUUGAAAGCCACUUUUGAUGGUACCAAUAUUCUCCGUAUUCACUGAAAGUAUCCAAUAAUGCCGGUGUUCAAUGGAUACCACUACGAGCCUUUGAGCGCAGGAGACGAAAUUCGGCUCAUCGAGCUGAACCCGGCAAGACGCGAGGAAGCCCCUCUGAAGUGCUCAAUUAUCCAACGCCGACUUUCAGUGCAGAAAGAAAGUUACUUUGCUAUCUCGUACGUUUGGGGUGAACCAGAGUUUUCGCGGAAUUUGGAAAUAAGAGACGAUGGUGACGUUUCAUACCUGAGGAUCACUCCCAAUGUCGAUGCCUUACUGCGGCGUCUUCGAAAACUUAAAGUGUUGCGCUACUUAUGGAUCGACGCCAUAUGCCUCAACCAGGCUGACGAGAUCGAGAAAGCCCACCAGAUCCCAGUGAUGGGACGCAUAUUCGGGGAGGCGAAAGAAGUUCAUAUUUGGUUAGGUCCUGAGGAUCUCUUGACCGCGAAAUUAUUUACCUUUUUCCGACAAGUCAGCCUGCUUCCCAAUGUCGAUAAGCAAUGGGAUAUGGCGGGAUGUGUUGUAAAGGUCAUGUUGAGCGUUUUCGGCGAUACCAAUACUGCGCUCGAAUGUUUUUGUAAUUUCUCUGAACGAGCUUGGUUCUCGCGUCGAUGGACUAUACAGGAGGCUCAACUUGCUCAAAAGGCUACUGUUCACUGCGGGAACUGUUCUAUCCCUCUCCCCGUUCUUACCUCAGCAGCAAGACGAUUUCAAGUUCUUGACAUGUCAUCCUACCCAAUGAAAGUAAUGGCCAAAUUAAACACCCCUCCAGGCAAACUCACAAUACUAGAGCUUCUAUGGACAUUUCAAGAAGCUCGUUGUCUUGAACCUAAAGAUCGGGUUGCUGCCCUGUUCAGCCUCGCACAGCAUAACUAUAGGUUUCAUCUUGAUUAUACCGUCCACUGGACUGAGAUGUACAGACAGAUUGCUUUAAGUGUUUUGAGAAAUGGGGGUAACGAUAUAAAACUCCAACUCAUACUUCAUUUGUUUGAAUUUGGCCUGUCCGCCAGCCUUCUGAUCUCAACUAUCCAUCAUGGGUUCCCGACUGGUCAAAGGCUCGACGACGAGAUCUCCCUUACCACUCUCCCAUAAGGAAUAUAGAUACAUAUGAGCCUUAUCCAACUUCCCCCGGAUAUCUCGCGAAGGCCACUUUAACACUCCGCCGGGGUUCUCUUGAAGUCCACUGGAAUACUUCGAUUAGUGGAUCACAAGGUCAGCAAGUUAUU